AUGGUAGUGCUGCCCGAAGCUGGUCUGCACUGUCCUCCACCCAGCUGGGCAACAUUUGUGCUGCCAGACACGGAGCAGUCGUGGCUAGCGAUUGUGGUUGUAAAGUCGAAUGGUCCCUUGUACUUGAAAUAUAGUGUGGCCACCUGCCAGGCCGUCAUGCGUGCCGUGAUUGGGAUUGGGAUUGAGGAGGAGGAUCGGAAGCACACCUGGAUGGAGGACGCUGACAGCUGUGUGGCCCACAAUGCCCUGGAGUGUGCACGUGCCAUCUAUGCCUACGCCCUGCAAGUGUUCCCCAGCAAGAAGAGUGUGUGGCUGCGUGCCGCAUACUUCGAGAAGAACCAUGGCACUCGGGAGUCCCUGGAAGCACUCCUGCAGAGGGCUGUGGCCCACUGCCCCAAAGCGGAGGUGUUAUGGCUCAUGGGUGCCAAGUCCAAGUGGCUGGCAGGGGAUGUGCCUGCAGCAAGGAGCAUCCUGGUUCUGGCCUUCCAGACCAACCCCAACAGCGAGGAGAUCUGGCUGGCGGCCGUGAAGCUGGAGUCUGAGAACGAUGAGUACGAGCGGGCCCGGAGGCUGCUGGCCAAGGCGCGGAGCAGCGCCCCCACCGCCCGGGUGUUCAUGAAGUCUGUGAAGCUGGAGUGGGUGCAGGACAACAUCAAGGCAGCACAGGACCUGUGCGAGGAGGCUCUGCGGCACUACGAGGACUUCCCCAAGCUGUGGAUGAUGAAGGGGCAGAUCGAGGAGCAGAAGGAGCAGAUGGAGGCGGCACGGGAGGCUUACAAUCAGGGGUUGAAGAAGUGUCCCCACUCCACAGCCCUGUGGCUGCUGCUCUCUCGGCUGGAGGAUAAGAUUGGGCAGCUGACUCGAGCACGGGCCAUUCUGGAAAAGUCUCGUCUGAAGAACCCGAAGAACCCUGGACUGUGGUUGGAGUCUGUGCGGCUGGAGUACCGUGCGGGGCUGAAGAACAUCGCAAACACGCUCAUGGCCAAGGCGCUGCAGGAGUGCCCUAACUCCGGUAUCCUGUGGUCUGAGGCCAUCUUCCUGGAGGCGAGGCCCCAGAGGAAGACCAAGAGUGUGGAUGCCCUGAAGAAGUGUGAGCAUGACCCUCAUGUGCUCCUGGCCGUGGCCAAGCUGUUUUGGAGUGAGCGGAAGAUCACCAAGGCCAGGGAGUGGUUCCACCGCACUGUGAAGAUCGACUCGGACCUGGGGGACGCCUGGGCCUUCUUCUACAAGUUUGAGCUGCAGCAUGGCACUGAGGAGCAGCAGGAGGCGGUGAGGAAGCGCUGUGAGAGCGCGGAGCCCCGGCACGGGGAGCUGUGGUGCGCCGUGUCCAAGGACAUCGCCAACUGGCAGAAGAAGAUUGGGGAGGUCCUUAGGCUGGUGGCCGGCCGCAUCAAGAACACCUUCUGAUUGGCUGGUCUCCAUGGACCGGGCUUGGGCUGCACUGGGGAGGGCAUGUGGAGGGCUCUGGGCUGUGUCCUCCUCCGUUAUCAUCCUCCAUUAAAAGUUUUUAUGUCUUGUGUCAGAAAAAAAAAAAAAAAAAAAA